AGCCAGGAUAAGCUCAGGUUGUACAACACUUUCACGCCUUCGGCAGGUAUAGAGAACUUUCACGUGAUGGCACGCGGCAUGUGACCUUAUACUACGCUGUCAAAGUCUAGAUGAGACAUUACAUACAGUCGGUAGUAUAUGCGAGAUGAGAUCAGAAAUGAAGAAUUAUCUGGGAGAAAUAUUAGCUUCCACUGCAGCUCUGAAGGAUAAUUUUCUUAAUGAUAUGACAUUUAGCAGGAAGUUUCGGGGGAAUGCCCCGAAACUUGAUCGUAGCAAGGUCCGUCUGGUGGUGUACGUCGACCACGACAAGGGAAGGACACCCAUGUUUGAUUCAGAUUCCAUAACAAAACUAGAUGAUCCUCCUGUCCAGCCGUCUAGAAGGUUGUGCGGGAGAGAUGACAGCAGCCAUUCAGCACAGAAAAGUCAUCCAAAAUAUCAGUUUACGAAGCUGGGCAGUGACAGCAAGGUGUUGGAGGAGAUGAUGUUCGGCUCUGUGGGAAUGGCUUACAAAGGCUCCACACUUAAAGUGCAUUUUAUCAGGUCUCCUCCACAAAUAAUGCUGAGCAAAGUGUUUUAUCCAGAAAAACCAAAACGAGAAUCGUGUGAGCUGGACAGCGACUCGUGCAGCAGUUUUCACAGCCAGACGGGAGACUUCUCACUUCCACGAGGUAUUUCAAGCAGGACCAACUCGGGAACAAACAUAGCUAUGAGUAUGCCGAUGGCAGUUCCGUCCCCACAUGACAGCUUUACCGAUUCCGUUGAUGAUGACAGUGGCCUUGCUUCUUUUACAUCAAGCGGAAGUUUCCACACCCCGGUGCCGUCCCCGAGUGGAAACAGCACCAGCAGCUACAACAGCCUACAUCGACGGUGGAUGCGGACGCAGACAACAUCGCUGCAGAGUUUAAGCAGGAAGACUGCGGCCAUGGACCAGCUACAGAAACAAGAGAAUUCUCUCCCAAGAAAGAGGAAAUGCAAGAUUGCUCUUGGAAUUCUCUUUGGUCCAAAUGAAGAGGAUAAGUUGUUCCAGAACUUCUUCUUCUCCCACAUCACUCUGUUUGAGGGUCAUGUGGAAAAGUUGGCAGCACUAGUGGAGAGAUGCUAUUUCAAUCGACAGAGAUUCAUCCCAAUGGUGAUGGAGGCACUGGAAGGAUUCCGUGAUGAUGUACAUGACCUGUACACGGCCCCCAGACUGGCAGAUCCCGUGUGGUUGAACAUGAUGUCAUUCAGUAAUCAUCGCUAUGUCUUCUGUGAAAAAUUCAUCAAUGAAUUCAUGUCAUUGGCUGCCAAGUUUGACAACAAGUCGACCAAUUUUUUUGUGAGUACGUUGGUGUCGGCCGUCCUCACCCACCACCUGGCCUGGGUGCCAACUGUCACACCUGCAGGGGGAACAUCCUCCAAAACUUACCUGGAUAAACACUCUGCCAAGUGGCUGGACACUUUGGCAAAGACACAUCCUUACAAUCCUUUGUGGGCUCAGUUGGGGGAUCUGUAUGGUGCUAUUGGCUUCCCCCUCAAACUGGCCAGGACGGUGGUGGUUGGCCGGAAGCAGGACCUGGUCAAGAAAUUCCUGUACGUCCUCAGCUACUUCAUCCGCUGCAGCGACGUCCACGAGCGGAAGGAGCAGGGGCAGCUGGACGACUUCAUCAACGACAUGUUCUUUGAUACCUCCCCCUCCGAGAGCGAGAAGACCAUCUUGGACUUGGUCCCGGGGGAGGAGGAGGGGGGCAGUACUAACAACAGCUGUUCCGCGCUGACCGAGAAGCAUGUGUCAGGGGCGUGUAACUGUGAUAGAGACAAGGUGGACAGGUUGAAGCGGGUCCGGAGUCGGACCGAGGAGUGGCUGCUUGAGGUGCAGGAUAAGAGCUAUCACAGGGUCGGGGGAUGUAUUGAGUUGAUUGAUAUCAGUGGUAAGAAAUCUCAUGAUGUGGGAUCUGUUCUGAAGGAGAGGGGAAUUGGAAGUUCCGUACCCCUUGCCAAUGUGAUUGACGGUGGUGAUGUGAUAGAUGGAGGUAAUGUGAUCGAUGGCGGGAAUGUGAUUGACGGUCAUAAUGUGAAUGAUGGUGGUAAAGUGUUUGACAACGGUGAUGUGAUUGAUGGUGGUAAAGUGUUUGACAGUGGUGAUGUGAUUGACGGGCAGGAUCUUGUGUUUAGAAUGGACAAAGAAGGAAAUAUGAACUCAAGGGAAUGUAGGUUAUCCACAGCCAAAGUAAUGGAAAGUCUUCGUGUGGAAAAUGUGAAUCAUGUUCGCAAAGACAGUGCUUCAGUGUUGCAAAAUGGUGGAAUAAGUGACAGGACUGUGAAGGAUGGGGUGUCCGAUUCGAAAGGAUCUAGUGCGAAAGUAGUGUCUGUUCUGUCCCAGCAAUUGCAGUCUUCAGGAUCGGAGUCCGACCUCAAGCUGACCACCAGUGAGGUGAGAAAUUUGUAUCAGAAGGAAGGUUCCAAUAGCAUGUUUGAGGAAUAUUUCGUGGAUGGGAUAGAGGCAAAGACUAUUGAUGAUGUGGCCGAUCAUGAGCGAGUGGUCAACCACCCUCUAGCCAGCCCGACCGAUGGACCCCGAGUGGCCGAUGGUGUCAAGGUGGUGGAGGAUGUAGUACCGGAGCUGCAGAAGCAGCAGAGGACGUCUAUGUCGAGGCAGAACAGUAUGGACAAAGUUGGUCUUUCUACCCGACCAACCACUCUACCAGGCAGAUGCAGAUCAGUGACACCGACAGAGCUGGGCAGACGACGACAUCUCUCCUCCGCCAGCAGCACCGAGGUGGAGCCCUUUGACCCCAUCAGCCACUGCAAGGAGCUCUCCAUGCCUGACUUGCCGUCCGAUGUGUCACCGUGGAGCAUCAAGACGUUUGACAGAAACUUCGGAAGGUCACUCCUGGCUGGCUACUCCGAUCACUACAUGUCAGACUUCGUCCUUCACGGCACCUCCGACCAGAACUUCCGACAGAAAAUGCUCAACGACCUUCAGCUGGCAUCACAGAAUUCUGUGCUUGACGAACCCAUUGCAGAGGCUGUGUGUAUUGUGGCCGACACAGACAACUGGACGGUUGAGGUUGCUAGUAGCCGUCUGCUAGAGAAGUCACCAUCUGCUACAAUGACCUGGAUGACCUCCCAACUCGUCUGCAACCUCAUUGAAUCGGUGCUCAGCCUUUGGAAGUUGAAAAUGAGUCCAGAAUUUUGUCUCAUGCAUGUGGAGGACCGUCUGCAGGAAAUCUACUUCAAGAGCCAGAUGUUGUCAGAGUAUGUCAAGGGUUCGUCCCGCAAGAACAUGAAAGAGCUGGCACACAUGCUGGGGUUUGAUACCAGUGACCAUCCCCUGCUGGCAGCCAUCGGUAGCACCCACUCCCCAUCCUUCAGCGUCAACUGAAGAUACCUAGCCAGACACUGGAGAUUUCCACACGGUUGGCCGUCAAGACAGACAAUCCUUGAACCUAAUCAGCAGGAGGUAGCUGAGCAUGCUGAUAUGACAUGUCCAUUACCUUGGCGUCCAUUGUUGGUAGUCGUUUCCCAUUCCUGGGGCUGACUGAGAAUGGAAAUGGUUGCUCUAUGCCUUCAAGCCUCACAGAGCUGUCGGGUUGGUCCAUCUCCACCUCGCACCUGAUGUACUGGAAACUGGAGUACGGUUUCAGUGCCCACACAUGCUGCUAUGUCAGCUGAUGGUAGUCGACCCAUCGGGAUCAUCUACCUCAUUCAGCAGUAAACCAUCAACAUCAGCGGCAACAGCAGCAACCCCAGGGUUGGGGGCAGAGUGCAUGCAUCUGUCUGUGUGAUGCACUGUGCUAUCUGUAUGUUGAUGUGAUGUCAUGGAGCUGAUGUCUUAUGUUGUUAUAUCAUGUUAUAUAGACUUGUUAUUGAAUACAACCUGGUGCUUAUUGUUUCUGUAGCAGGGUCAGAACUAAACUCAAAGCUUUACUUUCCUUGGUAAAGAGAAAAUGCCAUUGUAAUGUGAAAAUAUGGGGAAAUUUGUACUAACCUGUAAGAAUUGGCCUAGUGUGACAUUCUAACCCUGAGUACGACAUAGAGUAGUUAGACAGAUAGUGUUGCUAGAAUAAUUAUUCUUGUGAAAAUUCUGGUCCACAAUUUCAUAUUAUUAUACAUGUAUACACUUUGUUGUUUGACAAACAUUGCCCUCAUUUCAGAAUUUGUGGACAAAUCUAAAUUAAAAAGCUAUUUACUUUGCCCAAAUGUUGUUUCUGAAUAAGUGGGUAUUUUGAGAAAAAGGUUUGAAUAAUUCUUGAAAGAGUUUCUCUUGGCUUGAAACAUGAUAUGAAACUGGUCAAAUCUUGCCAUCUUCCUGAUCCUUUAUACAAUGAUUUCUUAGCACAUAUACAAUUACAGAUCUGAAAGUUUGAUGGCUUGGGAGACCUGUAAUGUUAUACUGUUUUCUGAACUUUUCGAGAAUAUAGAGAACUAGUUGUCUUUCCAAAACAGUUUUAUCUUGGAAUAACAAAACAUUAUGUUUCAAUUGAUUGUAAUUUUGUUUUGAAAUAUUGGUCCUUUUUCUUACCUGCAUGUGGUAGCCAAACACGACUGUCCAAGGAAGUCAUACUUGUGUCUACAUUUCAUAGUGUUGUGACUUUAAAGAUGAAUGCCAUAUCUCUUGUAAAUCAAUCUCAUUAAAAUCAAGUCAGAGUGCUCUCUAACACUUCACCUAAAUCUGACGACAUCCCAUGAAGUUCAUGUCGGAACGAUCUUUUGCGAUCUUUCACUGACCAAUAGAAUGACAAAAAGAAAUAAGAAAGUGCUUUCUCAAGAUUUACGGGACUAGUUUCAAACUGGCAACUUCCAUCCCAGACUAAGCUUGGGAAAAUAUUUUGACUAAGGUCUUAAUUCAAAAUUUGAAAUGUGAACGUAAGAAAAUGCUGCAAUGUCCAAUAGAUGGUCGAGAUUGUAUGGCAGUAAUUCCCAUGUGCUAUGGAAAUUCUCACCUGUUUCAAAUGAUUGUCCCAUUGAAGUGAGAGAUAGACGAUGAUUUUGACAGAAUCAUUCAUACAGCCUUUCGGGGUACCCUGUGUUAAUGGUUUUGAGGUUGGAUGAUUCGAAAACACAUUCCGGUUGAUCUGGUAACGAUGCUCGGAAUGGUCGUAUGGAAGGUCGUUCUGAUGUGACCUGUUGUGGGAUGUCCUCAGGUCUUUGUUUAGCGGUAACGAGAACUUAGCUCUGAUUUGAAUGAGCUUGCAUGUAAAUGGCGUGACAGUUGAUUUUGUGUUAAUGGAUUCUGCCCUGAUGUGGUAAACAAAACUGGUGUGCACACCAAAUGUUUUAAGCAUACCAAACACUUCAUUGGAUGCUUUAGAUAUGAUCAGGUGAAUACAAAUUGUGGAUUGUGAUCACAAAAUGCACCCUGAAUUUCGAAUUUUGUAUUUACAACAUUUACCAAAAGUAAAUAAGUCCUUCUGAUUAUUGGAACUAUCUCCUAAGUGUCACAGCUGUUGAUGCAGUGUCUGUAAUGUCUGGGCCAAUAGUGUCACAGCUGUUGAUGCAGUGUCUGUAAUGGCUUGGUCAAUAGUGUCACAGCUGUUGAUGCAGUGUCUGUAAUGUCUGGGCCAAUAGUGUCACAGUUGUUGAUGCAGUGUCUGUAAUGUCUGGGCCAAUAGUGUCACAGCUGUUGAUGCAGUGUCUGUAAUGGCUGGGCCAAUAGUAUCACAGCUGUUGAUGCAGUGUCUGGGCCAAUAGUGUCACAGCUGUUGAUGCAGUGUCUGUAAUGUCUGGGCCAAUAGUGUCACAGCUGUUGAUGCAGUGUCUGUAAUGUCUGGGUCAAUAGUGUCACAGCUGUUGAUGCAGUGUCUGUAAUGUCUGGGCCAAUAGUGUUACAGCUGUUGAUGCAGUGUCUGUAAUGUCUGGGCCAAUAGUGUCACAGCUGUUGAUGCAGUGUCUGUAAUGUCUGGGCCAAUAGUGUCACAGCUGUUGAUGCAGUGUCUGUAAUGGCUGGACCAAUAGUGUCACAGCUGUUGAUGCAGUGUCUGUAAUGGCUGGGCCAAUAGUGUCACAGCUGUUGAUGCAGUGUCUGUAAUGGCUGGACCAAUAGUGUUAUGAUUGUCGUCAUCAAAGUACGAUCACUAAUGAGUAAGGGUGCAUCGUAUUACUUGUACAUCGGUAAAUUGACGUUCACUCUUUCCAUAUGUAUCACAAUAUCAUUUUUAAUGCUCGGUGAUUUCAAAUAGUGAUAUUUCUUUUUUAUCAUGCAUUCAAUGUUAUACACUACGUCUUGCCAAAUACCCAGAGCAUACAUCUGUGUGUACAUAUUGAAUAAGUAAACAUCAUGUUGUACCAGCAUCUUGUUUUGUCCAAUAUAUGAACUUCAAUACAUACACCGAUGUUUCAAAUUGCUUCUGAAUUCAAAAUUUAGAAUUAUACAAUAUAACAUGACAGGUAUCACAAUAUGCCCUUGUGCAUCGUAACAUAUUGUGGUAAACCUCAAAUACCCAUCCCUAUUUAUAAGUGAGCUUUACAUGUUGUGAAAAUGUCUGUAUCAUGACAUCACAGGUACUUGUGUCCUCAUGAUUUGUGUCAAUGGAAUCUGAUAUUACAUGCUGAAACCUAGACUCUGUGAUAUUUGUAUUUAACCCUUGAACACUUCAAGGUUCCAUUUGCUGUUGUCUAGCUAAUGAAUACUUGAUGUUGGGAUUGUGUCAAAACAUUUAGUUUGAUUUACUUACAGAUAGAUGCUUCUUUUAGGAAGUUUACUGUAGAAUUAACAUCAGAGCUUGUGAAUGAUGAUAUCCUAUGAGUAUGAUGUUUACAUUUAUAUAAGUAUAAGAGCUUUUAUCAUACCUCCAUGUCAGAAUGAGAUCUGAUUCGUCCACGUGAUCUUGAUAAAAUACUGUGUAUCCCGCUUUGGAGGGAAAUAAAUUUCUCAGCAGGAGAAUAAAUCCCUUAUACCCCACCACAAACAAGACAGGCUGCACGUAGAUUUCUGAGGGAAAGAAGAAAUCCCUUAUACCCCACCACAAAUAAGACAGGCUGCACGUGGAUUUCUGACGGAAAGAAUAAAUCACUUAUGCACGCUUCAAAGCAAAAACCUGCACGCUUUUUCCAAUCAAUGAAAGUCAUGUGAAAUAGCACAAGUUAACCUCAGCUCUUUCAAACAGCUGUUUUCUAUCAAUUUUGAAUUUGUUUUAAUUCUUUUACAAUCUCAUUUUAAAACAUGUUGGUAAGAUAAAUUCGUUGUUGCACCAUCACUCGGAGUACAUGGAACUUUAUGAGGUCCCCCGUGAAACGCAUAAACCACAUGUAUCCCUCAUGAUACUGCUACAACUUAUAUGACACAGUCCGUAGAUUGAUGUUUGCUUUCAUGGUAAAUAUUAGAGCUUAACACGGUCCGUAGUUUGAUGUUUGCUUUCAUGGUAAAUAUAAGAGCUUUAACACGGUGUUUAGUUUGAUGUUUGCAUUCAUUGUAAAUAUUAGGGCUUUGACAUGGUCCCCUGUUGGAUGUUUGCAUUCACAGUAAAUAUUAGAGAUUUGACAUGGUCCCUACUUUGAUGUUACAUUAACUUUGUCUUCACUUUACAGCAAAACAGUGCUACCCGAAGACUGAGUUUUUAACUUAUUUAUGAUGAUGUGUUUGUUUCUGUGAGCAGGGAUGUGCCAAACUCUUGUCGGAAGACAACAGCCACCCCUGAGACACGUGUCCCAUGAAAUUGAAUAAAUGACAUUAUGGAAUA